AUGGGCGUGCGACCUCAACUGCACCUGCCGACAGUGCGCGAGCACCUGACGAAAUCCCGCGACGAGGGCGUCGUAUCGGCAAAGAAACACGCGCUCCGUCGCCACCGACAGCCGCCGCAGGAGCAGCUGCCCGUGUACGCGGUGGUCCUCCCGGAAGAGGCGCAGCAGCUCAAAGACAAGAUAUUGCGCACGCACAAAGACAAACGCACGCGGUUCAGCCUUAGCCACAUGAAAAAGGUCGUUGUGCCACCGGUGAAGAUCCCGAGAGAGAUGAACAGUCCCCGCGCGCUGUCGACGACUGUCGCGGGACGCAGCGUACCCCUCACGCGGUGCAUGUGGAACAACACGAAGCGCAAGACGCACCACAUGGAGCAGAUCGCCGAGUCGUACCCGCUCCACUGCACGUUGUUCCGAUGA